GUACCGUCCCUGCGAUGGGUUUUCUCUUCUUCUGCACCAUCCAAUAAUAUUGCAUAGUAUUUGGGGCUAUGAUAUUAACCAUGAAGGAGAUGAAUUGGAACAAAAAUAUAAUAUGAGGGGUUAUAGUCAAAUCUUUCCAAACACAGAUGUUUUCUGCUUAAAAGAAAACAAAAGCAAAAGGGUUGAAGUGAAAUUUAACUUUAAGAAAUUAAAAAUUAAAAAAAAAUCCAAAAAAAUUAUAGCCGCAUAAGAAAAGAGAAAUAAGAAAUGUUUCGGCGACAUUGUCUUAUUAUCCAUUUAAAUGGUGGAGCAGAAGAGCAAAAUAAAGAAGUUAGUGCGAAAUGAUAUUAGUGCAUAUACAUCCUCUUUACCCUUCCAAACUUAGAAGCGAAUUCUGUAAACCCCAAAAUUCCUUUCUAUCUUCGACUACACUUUUCUGUUCCUCUGGCUUCAGUUUCAAGCUGAGCUCUAAUGCUUCUUUCCGGUGCUUUUGCAGCAAAAAUCAAAACACCCACGAAGCCUCUUCUCAGAGCUUCUCGGCUCUGGCAGCCGAUUCUCCAUGGGACAGGGGGAGUGUAUGGAGCACAAUGGCCUUUUAUAUGUUCUGUUUACACAUUCCUUUGAGUUUUGGAGGCAUGUCUGUGGUUUCUCAAAUAUUGCAAGAGCCUAAUCUUGAUCCACAAACUGAGGCAAUAUCACUGCUUGUAGCACAAAUUCUUGAGCUCAUUGGAACUUUGCUUCUACUUAAAUUCACUGUCAAGCCACAAUAUAAUUUCAUGAACUUCUUCAAAGCUACAGAUUUGUCAAAAGAUAGGAACUGGCUGUUGGCAUCAGCUAUUGGAUUUGGGUUUCUUUUCUCAUUGGUUUCUAUUGCGUCGUUCCUUGCAGACAAAGCCUUUGAACCCAAGGCUGUCAACAACCCUGUAGUCAAGGAAAUACUUGUCAGCGGCAACAUCUCAAUGGCUACUUUUGUUCUUGUAUGCUGCUUUAUCACUCCCGUACUGGAAGAAAUCGUAUACAGAGGAUUUUUAUUGGCAUCGAUUUCUACCACAAUGAAAUGGCCGCAUGCAAUUCUCGCGAGCUCCACUGUUUUUGCUGCAGCUCAUCUCUCCGGUGAGAAUUUCAUACAGUUGUUCAUCAUUGGGUGUGUCCUUGGAUGUUCUUACUGUUGGACAGGAAAUUUGCGUUCUUCCGUUUUGAUACAUUCUUUAUACAAUGUCAUGACAUUAUUGAUAAUGUAUUUAUCUUAAAUAUAAUAUUUAAACCUUUUGAAUGUUUUAUUUAUUUA